AUGGAAGAUAGCAUUGCAUUGAUUGAUUUGAUAGCCAAGGCAAUUCCUGAUGAAAGAAGGAAAAGGACGGGGAUGACGAGAUACCGUCUUAUGGCCCAUGGUCGUUGCGGAGACCAAUACGGCGGUGCGAGGGCGGCUUACGAAGAUCACGACGGAGUUGAUCGUCUAAUUGCUGACUAG